AUUCUACUGUCGUCAUGACAACCAGCGCUUACAGGAAAGUCAAAACUCAAAUCUGACCUCUGACAAGUUUUCUCCUCCAGCGUAAAUACAUUAGUCGUUUUUAUAACUAACCUAGUUAUAAGAAGUUGUACUCAAAUGGAUUCAGGUGGGUUGUUUUGAGGAAGGCUACGGCCCCGGUUGAAAUGCUGUCGACCUGCAAAGGUGUUGCGGCAGCUCCGGGGCGAGGUGCGGAGCCGGGGGCCGGGAGUCAAAGCAACGGCCUCAGAGGAGCUCGACUCGGAGAAGAGAGACGAGAAGGACCCGGCGUUCAGGAGUGGCCCGACGGAUCCAAAUAUGAGGGAGAGUUUGUUAACGGCUUCAAACACGGCAAAGGAAGGUACAGCUGGAGAAAUGGAGAGUACUAUGAGGGCUCUUUCUACAAAGACUACAGACAUGGUGAUGGAGUGUACUGUUGGCCCACAGGCCACAAGUUCAUUGGCAAGUUCUACCUCAACAGAAAGGAAGGAUAUGGACAACAGCUGUUCCCUGAUGGAGCCACAUUUCAGGGUUUGUACCACGCUGACCAGAGGUUUGGUCCAGGUGUAGUUAGUUAUCCAGACCAGCGUCAGGAUGUGGGUCUGUGGCUUGGGAAGCGCCUGCUAAAGCUCUGUACCUCUAUAGAGGGAGGUUUCAGCCUGAAGAACUUUCCUGAAUAUGCUGCCUAUAUGGACCCGGUUGUCAACACAGAUUCUCUAAGUCAGCCUCCCAUUCUUUCUAGCGGUCUGCAGACAAAAGCCAGGACAGACUCUGGGGUAGACACAGACAGACAUCUGCUGUCAGAUGAGAAUUUUAUUCUUCCCCCUGGCCUGGAGAGUUACUCGACGGAUGGUGACCACCUGCCGCUGCCCCCUGGUCGUAGAAGAGAGCUGGAUCAACACUUCUAUGGCGAGCUGUGGGAGCCAGACGCUCACCCGUACCUAGGCUAUGAGCGAGACCCACUCUCCACUCUUCCCUUACAAGCCCGCAUGCUGGCUCACAUACACAAACACAGACUACAGGCUGAAAAUGUGGACUGGGAUGUUGCAGCAGUUCUCUCUCUAAACAGGGACAGUUUUGGCCCAAAAGGCCCUUUGGAAGUCAGUUCAGAGAUGUUGAUUGAGCAGGCGUCCAGAGGGGAACUACAGGAGGUUUCACAAAUUCUUCAGACGGGCUUUGUCCACCCUGAUGUAGCAGAUUCACAGGGACACACUGCACUGAUCGCUGCCACAGUAAACUGCCAUAAUGAUGUGAUCCAGCUGUUGUUGGAUAUGGGUGCUGAUAUUGACAAGUUGAAUUGUGAGGGCAUGUCUGCCCUGGCUGUAUGUCAUGUCCUCUACUACCCUUUUCAGUCUCUGCAGACCACGUCAUCUGAACCACCAGACAAAACACAAGUUUUAAGGUCUCAGUCACCGUGUGGGAACAGUCCUCAGAUCAGCCCACUGGACCUCACUACAGACACACCCAACCCUAACAGCAGACCUCAGACCACUAACACAACUCUGAGCAACCAGACCAAUGAGAGUCACAUCUCUGACCAGGUAACAGAAGAUCUAACUGAGCACAUCUCACAUCAUAGCCAUAAAGUGUCCAAUGACAGUGAACUUACCGCUUACCGCUGCACUAGCCCGAAUGAACCUGAGACCCCUGCAGACACUGAACACCUUCGGGAGAAGGAAAGAGGAGAGAUAGUGGGAGAAGGAGGGGAGAGAGACAGCAGUGAGACAGAAAGAGUGGAGAAUGUUAGAGAGAGGGAAGUAAGGAGCGGAAGGGAGGAUGAGGAAGAGAGCAAAGGGGAGGGAAGAGAGAAAGAGGGAGAAUGUGAUCAAAUGUGGGAAAGUGGGGAAACAGAAAUAAAGGGGCUGGAAAGAUAUUUUAAUGAAAGAGAAACUGAAGAGGUUGGUGUAGAGUUUGGAGAGAAGAGAAAAACUGAGUCAGGAAAAGAGAAUGUAGAUAUAAGAGAGGAGGUUGAGGAAGGUUUCGAGAAGUUAAUGAGGGGUUUUAAUGAAGACGAUGAAGAGGAGAGAGAAGAGAGAGGAAGCCAAGGGGUGCCUGGUGUGGAGCGCUCCAUUCAGGUGAUGGAUGGUCACAUUGCACUGGGCAGCGUGCAGUGGAGGGAACGUCAAGCUAAAGCAGGAGGAAGACUUCAGCAGGGCAAAGACAAAGGACUGACUCCGAAAGAAACCUUUGACUCCGCCCGCUCCAUCCACAGCUAUGAAAUUCGGGUCACAGAGGAAGUGAUGCAGCGCUCAGCAGAAGCUCUGAGUCACGCAGGGAUUCCUCAGCACUCGGACACACAGGAGACUGUACGCAAGAUGGCUGCUAUGAAAACUGAGCACCGUGUUCGUUUGAGCACGCUGAAGCUGUUAUUGGAACGGGGAGCUGACCCCAACGUAUCCAGGGUCCCCAUGCCUGUCCUCUUUUUGGCCAUUAUGGCGGCUGACACUGAGGCUGUCAGGAGACUUCUGCUAUGUGGAGCUCGCACUGACAUUUCCCUUCCACCUGAGAGGAAAGGCCUAUAUCCCCUGCAUGUAGCUGCAUCACUGCAAGGUCCAGCAGGUCCCAGAAUCACAGAGCUGCUGCUGCACACUGCUACAGAUCCAGACGCACAGGCAUGUGACCAGUAUGAGAUCUAUGAACAGGAUAAGGCCCAGAAACCACAGAGCAACAAUGAGAGCCCAUGUCCCAGAGAAGGAGGACGAACGGCUCUGCACGUGGCUUGCCAGAGAGACAGCGAUUACCGGAAUGCCAGCAAGGUGGUAGCCCUCCUGCUCUCCCACAGAGCGAACACAAACCUCCUCUGGAGUGGACACUCACCUCUCUCCCUGGCAAUAGCAAGUGGCAAUGACCUGGCAGUGGAGGAGCUUUUGAAAGGUGGUGCAGAUCCCAACAUCCCCUUGGGCUGCAGAGUGGGCAGCGCCCUCUGUGUCCUCGCCAACAUCAACUACCACUUGGGUGGCAACAGAGCUAAGCUGUUGGACAUGUUAGCAAAAGCUGGUGCAGACAUCUUGAUGCCAGUUAGGGUGGGCGAUGUUGUGGGAACUGCAGUCGACUACGCACACCAUUCCUUCAACCAGGACUCGCGUAUUGCCAACACUCCCUUCCAUGCUCUGAACAUGCGAGAGAGGGAAAUAUUCAAAGAACGGCGCCAGCUGCUGAGCUUGAUGGGAGAUCUGCUGAGACAGACUGUUGGCCAGAGGGAGAGAGAGCAGCUAGAGAGAGAACACACACACACAUUCAUGAAGCCGUCGUUUAAGUUCUGCUACCACUGCGGUCGCUCUGUGACAGUGAAGCUGACCGCUUGUAGCCGCUGCCACAAGGUCUUUUACUGCUCCAGGACCUGUAAACUGAAAGCAUGGGAUGAAAGACACAAGGACGAAUGUAUCCGGGCGUCAGCAUCAGCUGAUGGCCUCCAGAAGAGUGUUGUGUUAAAAACCCAAAGAGGCCCCAGGCCCUUGAGUGUCAUGUUGAAAUCAAAAACAGUCCCCAGGCCCUUGAGUGUCAAGUUGAAACCCCAAAGAGUCCCCAAACCCUUGAGCAUGGCUGAGAAGGUCUUGGAGAGCCAAGUCAACCUGAAGGAAAACUACAGCUUCAACUGACGGAUACAAACAUUUAACAUGCUUAUUACUGCUAAAUGACAUUAUCUACCUAAUAUAGUGAUGCACUUCUGUUACAUAAUUUCUUUCUCUUACUCUUGAGUUUUGAUUUUAUAUAUUUGGCUUAAUGGUGACAAUAUUACAACAAUAUUUAGUGCCAUAAUCACCUCUCUUUGGCAUGUAUUGUUGCUGUAGUAUUAGCGUAUUAAUAAUGGAAUAAUGUCUUUUCUUCUCUGUGCUAUUGUCAGGGAAAUGCCUAUUUAAAAAAAUACUCUAGUAGGAACUAGUGCUGGAUUUUGGCAUAUGACUUCUUUUAUACAGGAAAUGUAUCUAAACUUUAUCACUUAUGCUAUUAUUGUUGUUUAUCUAAUAUAUUGUCCUAGCUGAUUUGUUGAUGACUAAGUUCAAAGUUUCAAAAGAUGUGCUUUUGUAAAAAAAAAAAUGUAAGAAAAGUGAUACACACAUUAAGUUUUUAUUGUGAUAAAAUGUGCCUUGUUGCUUUUUUUUUUUGCACUGCCAGCAGUGAGACUGGUUUCAGCUGAUUGGUCACUCAGCCAGUCUGUCCAGAGCAAGAUUCCUUUGACAACUUUCAACCAGAUUGUAAUGACAUUUGUUUAGGAUAUUUACAGUAUACAAAGGUUGAUGGGAAAGUAAUGUUUUUAUUGACCCUGUGACCUGUCCAUUACCAUUAUUAGGCCAAGUUUUGCACUUGGAUACACAAAUAUCAAAAUCCAGUCUACUGACCACAUUCAUUCCCCAUAGAAUUAAUCAUUUUCAUUUUUGUCACUCUAUUAGCUCUCCUCUAGCGCCACAUGCAGGCCAAUAAAUGUCAACUUUGCACACUCACAGAAUGACAUGGUAACACUUUAUGUUAA